CGGCUCCCAGGCCACCCAAGGAUCACUUCAACGUGCUGUUCUUUGCAAGCGCUGGCUCCUUCACAUCUAAACAGUACGAUGUGUUGCCGGCCCCUCUCCCCUUGAAGAAGCUAUUUGAUGCGCUUGAAGAGAGAUAUGCCGGGUUCAAAGAGAGAUUCCUAGAGUCGUGUUUGGUGACGGUCAAUUUAGAAUACGUAGAUAUCAUCCCUGGAGCAGACGACGAGAACGGCUCGAUAAUACGGUCCGGCGAUGAAGUAGCCAUCAUUCCUCCCGUCAGCUCCGGAUGAAGGCGUCUCUGGUAGCCUCCCUAUCUGUGACUCUGUUCUACAGAUCCUGCCAGCAGUAUUUGUUUUCGCUACGUGCCAUCUCGCGUGCUGUGAACUUGACCAAGCAACGGGUCGCGUUCACCGUCCUGAUGUCGUCGCGGUCGCCAAAAUUGCACCCGUCUCCAGUCAUGCUUCCACACCCGCCACCAGUCCGGGUCCUGUUUGCUCCGUCGUCUCCCCCAGCGGACGCCGAGCACGAUCAAGGUCACCAACAAGACCACGACAAACGUCGACACAAUGGAGAUGAUGGACGUCAGACUCGUAAUGGUCGAAACCUGGCAGCCCAGCGGCUUGGUGCGCAACUCCCAUCGUUCCGCCCAGUGUGGACAAAUGUUCUCGUCGUAGGCGGGUGCCAGCAAAGGAAUCGCAUACGGAUUAGGGACGCAGGCGGACGUCUAUAUCAUGGGCGACAUGGGACACCAGCUGCAUUCGUUCUCCGCCAGGCACACUUUACAGUCCUGGUGGUUCCAGCAUCGGAAGAAGUGCUCUUCAGAUGUCUCUCUGGCCGUUGUGAAGUUGUGCUUCAGAUGCCAUAUUUCUUGGGCGCUGAGUUUAUCCAUCUGGGUGCCGGCGGCUUUCGUCUUUUGAAUAUGGUGUAGCCGCAGGCGGUAGUAACGCGCCUACUUAGCCAAUUGAUUGCGAUUGGGGGGAAAGUGAAUCUCGUGAUGGAAGUUGUCAGUGGGACGAGUACGGGAUGACACUGGAGUUGUGCGGGGAAGGAGCUGGUCGAGUUGGGGUCCGUGCAUCCAUCACCCAGACUGUAUUACUCCGUACAGUCUAUCACAAUUCCUCACUUCGACACGCCUUGAACUUCAAAACUUCCUGAUACCGAUUGGAUGCAU